AUUCCCUUGUGCCUCCGAAAGUCCAGAUCCGCUAACACGGAAGGGGCCACGUUCGACCAAAAGUCUUCACGUGUCGGCAUCCCGUUUGUCUGGUUUUGCCGUUUAUAAGUAUGCGAGCGAGUUUGGGUGUUAAGGUGUCGUUUGGUGUUAUCGGUGUGAGUGUGAUAUUUGCAGUGCUGAAAAUGUCGCAGUUGUUGGACAAAGCUAAAACUUACGUCGCGGACAAAGUGGCGAACAUGCCGAAGCCAGAGGCGACGGUGGCCGACGUGGAUUUCCAAAAGGUCAGCCGCGACAGCGUCCAGUACUUGGCCAAGGUUUCCGUCUCUAAUCCUUAUGCCACUCCGCUUCCUAUUUGUGAGAUCAAGUACUCCUUCAAAAGUGCAGACAGGGAGGUAGCAUCAGGGACGAUACCAGACCCAGGGUCGUUGAAGGCGAAGGAUUCAACAAUGUUGGAUGUGCCAGUGAAGGUGCCACACACGGUGUUACUGAGCUUGGCAAGGGACAUUGGUGCAGAUUGGGACAUUGAUUAUCAGUUGGAUAUUUGGCUCAUUAUUGACCUUCCUGUCAUCGGCAACAUUACCAUUCCUCUUUCUCAGAAGGGAGAGAUCAAGCUCCCAACCCUCAGAGACAUGUUUGCCUAAUCGCUAUUCCAACAAAUUACUUUUCCUCAAUGAAUGCUAUAAACAAACGUCAUGGUAUUUCAAAUGACAGAUAAUUCUCCCCUUUACAAGUAAUAUCAACAAUUCUACUCCAACUACAACCUUAGUAUUUUACCUUGUUUAGUAUUAUUUUGACUUUUCCUUUACUUUGUAGUAAAAGUAGAUGUUUUUAAAUAAAUUUUUAGUGGAGUAGACAAUGUGGUCGUAAGAGUAUUCUAAAUUUGUUGUGAGAAUUUGUCUUAUAUUGAAUAUUUUUCUUGGUUGAAACAUCUUUUAUACGUUGUUUGAAUCUACCUAAGAACUGACAAUGCGAACUAGGUUCGUCUUGUUCUUGGUCAGCAAAAUGCAGACUGGACAAACAUCUUUUAUACCUUGUUUGUAUAAGUUCUGGUUUGCGGGCUGGACCAUAUAAUUUAUGUUCGUCGUGAU